AGCACUCAGCAGUCGAAGAAAGAACAUCAUCCGAGCAUGACGUACACCUCGUCUGCGAAUUGCGCUCGCGACAAAUCUUAUCUCUUAUCAUAUUAAAAAAUGAUACAUCGAAUUACCUCACAAGUGCGACGUUAUAGCACUUCGCGAUAAACCUUACAAGGAUUCAUUGUGUGAAAUUAGUAUUAGUCAUAUCAAAUAGAAUGAUAAAUAUUUUUAACACCAGUAUUUUUUUGAAAAUAAGUACUUAAUUAUUACGAUGUACAGUCGUGAAAUUAAAUAGUUGAAGUGUUUUAGUUCGGUCAUAAUCAUAAAUUAAAAUGUUCGUGCUAUUUUUGUUAAUUACUGGUCUGGUUUCCGCAAACUCUACGCCUUGCACUAAAGACCAAAGUUUGAAUAUAACCGGCGGACUGAUCUUCGAAAAUGGUUCGGUAAUAUACGAUGGGUUGGAAUAUGUCGAUGGCACUUGGUAUGUCUUGGAAGUAGAUGGUUUGGACGUCCGGUUCGGGUGUCCGUGCAUUGGCCGCGUGUGUUUGUGGAAGUGUUGCGGGGUUGGACAAAUGUUCCUGAACAGGAGCUGUGCGGACGUGGACGUGAGUGAAGCCAACCCGUUCAACCCCCCAGUGUUCAAAGGCCGGGAGCCGUCUAACAUGAUCGCUCAUCAGAACUUCUUCUACAUGCCGAGACAGUCUUGCGAUAUGUAUUUGGUGGAUUCUAACUCGCCAAUUGAAGAAAUAUACCUACAAGAAAACGGAACCUUAUUUGAAAUAGCAGCCAACCGCCCGCAAUGGCACCCCCCGAUAUUAUUCUGCCUGGAUAUGAAGUUGGAUGACAGUUCUCCUAAAUCCAGGCUAGUGGCAGGAGUCUGCUAUCCGGAGAGUGAAGGUGACAGCCCUGGCUUGUUCAUCGCUUAUGGUGUGGGUCUCAUGCUCUCUGUGCCGUUUCUAUUGGCAACAUUCCUCGUGUACGCCUUCAUACCGGAGCUACGUAAUCUCCACGGCAUGUGUCUCAUGGCGUACUGCGGAGGACUCAUCGUGGCCUACCCGUUCCUCGCAUACCUCAAACUGCAUACAGGAAAAGUUGGCGUAGCUAUGACUGGAUGCUUUAUCAUAGCCUUCAUCAUAUAUUACGCAUUCCAAAGCAGCUUUUUCUGGCUCAACGUCAUGUGUUUCGACAUCUGGAGGACUUUCAGCGGUUAUCGUGGUGGCAGUUCAAGCAAGCGGCGGGAAAGGAAACGAUUCGCAAUGUAUGGUGCCUACGCAUGGGGUGUACCGGCCGUGCUUAGCGCGGUCACCAUUGGCAUGCAGUUCAGCACGGGUUUACCCGACCAUAUCAUCACACCAGGUUUUGGACAUCAGCGGUGCUGGUUUGACAAUUGGAUGAGCGAGCUUUUGUACUUCUUCACGCCAGUGUUUGUGUUGGUGUUGUGCAACGUGGUGCUGUUCUCAGUGACGGCAAAUCGAAUACGAUCAAUCCGACAGGAAACCGCUAUUUUGAAGGGAGCUGAAUCUUCGAGGAGUGAUAAAUUAAAGAAGGAUAAGCAAAGAUACGGGCUGUAUCUGAAGUUGUUCGUGAUCAUGGGCGUGAACUGGACGGUGGAGGUCAUCAGCUUCGCAGUGGGGGGCUCCAACUGGUACUGGGUCGUAGUGGAUCUGUCGAAUAUCGCUCUCGGAAUAUACAUCUUCUUCAUAUUCGUGUGGAAGAACAAAGUUCGCAAUUUAGUCGCUAAAAAAUGGCGUAGCGUUCGCGGCGUACCCGCAGAAACCACUCUGGGUACCUGGGGCACGCGGUCCAGCUCGGCGCCCACUGAAGACACGAGGGUCUCUGCUGACGACACUGGGAUGCGACUCCGAGAAAUGCGUUGAUCCGGUCAUGAAAAGUCAAUUGAGGCUUGAAAAUUAUGGAAUAAUUGAAGACACUUGAACACAUUUUACCUCUUAUAUUUUUUUUAUCUACGUAGGACAUUGCUAGUCACUUUUAAUACUAAGAUUUUUUAGGAGCUAGUUCAAUUUUUUAAAACUAUGACUUCCUUGUAAUAAUGAAGCGUGCGUAUAGGUGCCUAAGUGUAGUUUUUGAAAAUUCCUGAUAUUUUUGAUAAAAUCUAUCUAAGUGCUUGUACUUAGCUUCUGUAAGGUGAAAAUGGCUUCUUAUUUAUUAAAAUUUUCUACGUGUUUUUACUUUAAUAUUAGUAUCGAUAAAGAUAAAUAUUACUUAUAAGUAUUUAGAUGAUUAAUUAUAAUUGUUUUUGAUAAGAUUAAACGAACAAAAUUUUAUAUCCCACCAAAAUGUAAAUUCAAUCUCAUUUGUAUUCAUUUCAAUUUAUUUUGUUAACUUACUCAGGUUUGUUAGAUAAGUCCAGUGAAAAAAAUUUGUUUACGACGCGAUGAAAUCAGGUGUUAGUUCUUAUAACUUUAUUGCAUCGUAAUGCUUACAGAAAAUUCGAUAUAAAAAUAGCUUUUCUUGUAAAACAAUAUCUGUGUGUACCUACUCACCUAGAUUUACGGUGCGUUUAGACCCUAGACUUAUUAAAAUUCAAAAUACAAUAUAUUUUUAUUCCAUUAGACUUUUACAAGUUCUUUUGAAUCGUCAAAAUCAUCUACCACUGGUUCGGAAUGCCUUUCCUACCGAGAAGAACCAGAGAAGAUUAAUAUUAGGUAUAACAGUUAAUGAGGACAUGCAUGUUAGAUAAUAUUUUUUUUUUAUAACUUUAUUAUGUAAGUAUAAUCACUCGCUUUCAGACUAGUUUACAGUGAUAGCUAAUUUUCUAUUUACCUACGUAGGUACUAUUAUUUAGGUCGCUUUUAUCUAUUAGGUAAGUAUAUUAAGUUUUGUAAGCUCUUUUGGGUGGUGAUAUUCAAGUAAAGAAAAUAAUGAUACAGCAAAGCAAAAUAUUAACUAUUAUCAUU